UUUGUUCAACAAAAUGAGUAAUGAACAAUUUCACCCAGUAAAUUUUAACGAUAAACAUAUUUAUGAAAAAUUGUCUGACGAAGUAAUAUUUCCCGAAUUAGAUAAGCAAACCAUUAAUUCUUAUAAUUUUUAUUUACCUUUAGAUACACUGAUAAGUAAUAGUCAAACUUCUAGAAGACCAAAAAAAUUAAGAAAUAAAACUCCUCGUCCUCAAAAUGCUUGGAUACUUUAUCGUAAGGAUAGAUUAGCAAGAGAUGCUAAAGUAUAUCGAGGUUGGAAAGCUUGCGAUAUUAGUAAAGACCUUGGUGAACGUUGGAAAAAUGAGGAUGAAAUUACUAUUGAAGCUUUUAACGCUUUAGCUAAAUUAGCUAAACAUAGACAUGGUAUAGUUAACGAAGGUUACAAAUAUAUACCACUUAAGAAACGGUAAUUUUUUUUUUCAAAUGAGAAAUAUGAUAGAUUGAUAUCACUUCUUAUUGUAUAUUGAUUUUAUGUUGAUUGUUGGAAAUGUGAUUUAUGGAUUUUUUUUAGAAUGGGAAAAUAGACGUUAUAUAUAAAUGGGUGAUUUUAUGAAAUUAAA